AUGUCAGGCAUCAACUCCAUACCCCAGUCAGCUGUGUCAGGCAUCAACUCCAUACCCCAGUCAGCUGUGUCAGGCAUCAACUCCAUACCCCAGUCAGCUGUGUCAGGCAUCAACUCCAUACCCCAGUCAGCUGUGUCAGGCAUCAACUCCAUACCCCAGUCAGCUGUGUCAGGCAUCAACUCCAUACCCCAGUCAGCUGUGUCAGGCAUCAACUCCAUACCCCAGUCAGCUGUGUCAGGCAUCAACUCCAUACCCCAGUCAGCUGUGUCAGGCAUCAACUCCAUACCCCAGUCAGCUGUGUCAGGCAUCACCUCCAUACCCCAGUCAGCUGUGUCAGGCAUCAACUCCACACCCCAGUCAGCUGUGUCAGGCAUCAACUCCAUACCCAAGUCAGCUGUGUCAGGUAUCAACUCCACACCCCAGAUAGCUGUGUCAGGCAUCAACUCCAUAACCCAGUCAGCUAUAUCAGACAUCAACUCCAUACCUCAGUCAGCCGUGUCAGGCAUCAACUCCAUACCUCAGUCAGCCGUGUCAGGCAUCAACUCCAUACCCCAGUCAUCUGUGUCAGGCAUCAACUCCAUAAUCCAGUCACCUGUAUUAGGCAUCAACUCCAUAUCCCAGUCAGCUGUGUCGGGCAUCAACUCCUCACCUCAAUCAGCUGUGUUAGGCAUCAACUCCAUACCCCAGUCAGCUGUGUCAGGCAUCAACUCCAUACCCCAGUCAGCUGUUUCAGGCAACAACUCAAUACCCCAGUCAGCUGUGUCAGGCAUCAACUCCAUACCCCAGUCAGCUGUGUCAGGCAUCAACUCCAUACCCCAGUCAGCUGUGUCAGGCAUCAACUCCAUACCCCAGUCAGCUGUGUCAGGCAUCAACUCCAUACCCCAGUCAGCUGUGUCAGGCAUCAACUCCAUACCCCAGUCAGCUGUGUCAGGCAUCAACUCCAUACCCCAGUCAGCUGUGUCAGGCAUCAACUCCAUACCCCAGUCAGCUGUGUCAGGCAUCAACUCCAUACCCCAGUCAGCUGUGUCAGGCAUCACCUCCAUACCCCAGUCAGCUGUGUCAGGCAUCAACUCCAUAUCCCAGUCAGCUGUGUCGGGCAUCAACUCCUCACCUCAAUCAGCUGUGUUAGGCAUCAACUCCAUACCCCAGUCAGCUGUGUCAGGCAUCAACUCCAUACCCCAGUCAGCUGUGUCAGGCAUCAACUCCAUACCCCAGUCAUCUGUGUCGGGCGUCAACUCCAUACCCCAGUCAGCUGUGUCAGGCAUCAACUCCAUACCCCAGUCAGCUGUGUCAGGCAUCAACUCCAUACCCCAGUCAGCUGUGUCAGGCAUCAACUCCAUACCCCAGUCAGCUGUGUCAGGCAUCAACUCCAUACCCCAGUCAGCUGUGUCAGGCAUCAACUCCAUACCCCAGUCAGCUGUGUCAGGCAUCAACUCCAUACCCCAGUCAGCUGUGUCAGGCAUCAACUCCAUACCCCAGUCAGCUGUGUCAGGCAUCAACUCCAUACCCCAGUCAGCUGUGUCAGGCAUCAACUCCAUACCCCAGUCAGCUGUGUCAGGCAUCAACUCCAUACCCCAGUCAGCUGUGUCAGGCAUCAACUCCAUACCACAUUAA